CUGAUCUUAUUCCACCUCUACACCUAUCUACACCUCAGACCCUCCAUUCGUGGAAAUGUUCUACCGAGGGAGACAUGACCGAACCCUCUAGGAAGCGUUCCCGUGUUGCCUGCACACUAUGCCAAUCGCGCAAGCGCAAAUGCUCCGGCGACCAGCCAUGCACAACAUGCGCCCAGUUCGGCUCCGACUGCCACUAUGACCUCCAAUCGCGCAGAAAGCGCGAUGCCAGACUAUUCCAGCUGCAGUCCGCCGCGCCGGCAGACUCUGCAACGGCCCCUGAUGCAGCGCAUCCUCCGCGCCACGAGCCCAAGAUCUCCCCAGAGGAGACAGCAGCCCGGCUCAGCUCGCUAGAUGCCAACUCCGGCGCAGCAUUCGCCAGGCGCCUCGGCCUCAAGGUGGAUCCCACCAAUGCGCCCAAGAUGCAUCUAUUCGCAUGGAACGUGGGCGCGCGCCAUCUCCCACUUCCAUCAAUGCCACCACCAUCCGCCCCAAAAGCAGUCCCCAUCGUGGACACCAUCUCGCAGGACGAGAUGCGCUCCCUGGUAGCCAUCUUCUUCGACAAAGUCGACCCAUGCUACCCAUUCAUCGACCGCGACACCCUCCUCCGCCAAGUCAGUCGCCGCUGGCUCCCACCUACCGCCGACUCGGCCCUCCUCUACGGGCCCUACGACGCCGUCCUCGCCGGCGUCGCAGCCUUCGGCUACCUUUUCUCCCGUAGACAAUCCAGCGCAACAGAGCUCCAACUCGCGGAGACAGCCCGGCUCAUCCUCGACCAAAACAUGCUAUCAGACACGACCCCCACCCUCGACACCGUAACAGCAUGGGUUCUCCGCGUCUCCUACCUCCGCCUAACCUCGACCCCGAACCUCGCCUGGACAGCCAGCUGCACCCUAAUGCACCUCAUCGAAGCAACAGGCCUGCACCUCGAGCAACCCUCUUCCGACGCCAUUAACCAACUUCCCACCCCAGUCGACCCUGACCUCCGCCGCCGCCUCUUCGGCAUGGCCCGCCAUCUCAACGUCUGGAUCUCGUUCGAGCUCGCCCGCUCCCGCGUCGUCCUCCACGGCGCAACAUCCCUGCCUCCGACGCCGCGCGUCCCGGGCACCCUAGAAAUCUUCACCCUCUUACCCAUGUCCGAAAGCCUCGACCCAAACACAAACAAAACCACCGACCCUCCAGAUCUCGAAUCUGCCCUCCGCAACGUCCUCGACCAAACCCACGUCUUACCCCAGUUGAUUCUCGUGCAAUGUAAUCUCAUGCUCUGCAUCUACCGGCGUCUGCGCGCCCUGAACUGCAUUAUCUCCGGGGACCUGCUUGACCGCGUGCUGGCACUCUCCGUGAAAGGUCUGCAGGCAGCGAGAGAGAUGGUCGCGACGACUUGCCCGUGGCAUCAGAUCGCGAACGUGCCAUUUCAGGUGGUGUGCACGCUCUUGGCGAUAGAUAAUCGGGCGUCGUUGGUCAUGUUGGGGGGUGCGAUGCGCACGCUGCGCGAGGUGGCGGCCGCGUAUGAUACGGAGGUGAUGCGCGAGGCGUAUAGUACGGCGUAUUUGCUGAUUUUGUUGCAUCAGCGCAGGAAGGAGGAGGAUACGAAGGCGUUGAAGGAUGUGCUCAGGGUCAAUUCGGGGGCGGGGGCGGACCAGAUUGAGAUGGGGCUGGGGGGUACGCCUGCGACUGAUGCUGGUGGUGGUGAUUCUACAGAGCCGCAUCAUUCGUUGGCUGAUUAUCCGGGAUUCUCCUGGUUGAGUGAUCUGCUAAUUGAUAUUCCUAGUUUGGGCAGCUUCGAUAUGGAGCGGUUUAUGUACACUGAUGUAUAG